UGGUGUCAGUGUUUUCGUGCGCUCAUUGAGUUAGGCAGAGACGCGGCACCUUACGUAUAAACAUCCUAAUUUAAUCCCGAACACCGCUCUUCAUUUAGCGGCUCGAGCGCUAAUUAGAUUUUAAAUGCAACAUUUAAACUUGUGAGUGAAAUAUUGGCGUUUAGGGACACUGAUUUUGCGCAACUGUUUCUCUCAUCUUGCACCAGAUUUGUCGGGUAAUAAAAAAUGAUUCUCGACGUGCUCUGUUCCUAUGACAUGAUUUGGAUUGCACCUAGCAAUUUGGGGGGAAAUCAGCACUGAGCGCAGUAUACGACGUUUUGGGACAACUUUGGUGCCAGUGGACACGGGCAGUCGCAAAAGUCUCUAACUGCCUCAGGAUUGUUGCUGUCGGACUGAUGGCUCUGAACAGGAUGGAUCUCAUCGGGCUCUACUUGCUCCAGCUGGCAAUUUUUGGGGUACCAAGGCUGUUGUUGGGGGCCAGGUGGGACUGUCUGACUGCAGGGGAUUCAUGCUCCAGCGAUGAGGCGUGCAGUCCUCGCUUGAGAACACUGCGGCAGUGCGUUGCAGGCGGGGGUAGUGUAAAGCUGGGUCCAGGGGCACGCAACCACUGCGAAAACGCAGUGACGGCCCUACUCUCCAGCCCCCUACAUCGAUGCCAGUGCAAACGAGGCAUGAAGAGAGAGAAGAACUGUCUCAGCAUCUACUGGAGCCUCAAGCAGUCUGUACUGCAUGGGCUGAGUUUGGUGGAGAAUUACCCCUAUGAACCUGUUGAGCGAGGCUUUGAUUAUGUUCGUCUGGCCUCCAUCGCUGCAGAAUCUGAGGUGGGCUUGACAGCAGUGAACCGCUGUUUGGACGCCGCCAAGGCCUGUAACGUUGACGAGACAUGUCAGAAGCUGCGCACGGAAUACGUGUCAGCGUGCAUCGCUCCAUCAGCGCGAUCUGGGCCAUGCAACCGUGCACGCUGCAGCAAAGCACUGAGGAAGUUCUUCGACCGCGUGCCGCCCGACUACACGCACGAGCUGCUCUUCUGUCCAUGCUCCGACACCGCAUGCGCAGAGCGACGGCGCCAGACCAUUGUACCUGCGUGCUCAUUUGAAGAGCGGGAGAAACCCAAUUGCCUGGCCCAGCUACGAGUCUGCGAGGCUGACUAUGUCUGCAAGUCUCGCUGGGCUCAGUUCCAGCAUGACUGCCAACCCUCCGAGCUCACUGCCAAUGGCUGCCAGCAUGAAAAUUACGGAGCCUGUCUUAUAGCAUACACCGGCAUGAUAGGUAGCAUUAUCACACCAAACUACCUAGACAACUCUACAUCCAACGUGGGACCGUGGUGCUCUUGUGCAGCAAGUGGGAAUUUCCGAGAUCAGUGCAACCACUUCCUCAGCCAUUUCCAUGACAACAAUUGCUUGAGAAGUGCCAUCCUGGCUUUUGGGAAUGACACACACCUGAAAUCUGCUACCAACCAAGCUCCAGGCUCUUACACCAACACUUACAACCAGAUCUUAGUCACCAGCACCGAGACUACCACCUCAAUUGGUGCUGCCAUGGAGUCUGAACAGAACAUCCUCCGGCCACAGAUUCCCACACAGAUGAACGAGAGAGACAGACUCUGGGGUGACUCCACGCUUCCCUCCCCUGAUCUCUAUGACAACAGUCCCGCAGCAGCCCACUUGGCCAUAUUACUGUUGCUCCUCCCCUUCCUGCUGUUGGUUCUCCGACUUUAAAAUGAAGCAACCAAUCAAAACACCUUGGAACUGCGACAGUGUGUGUUUUUGUUCAUGAGUUUUAACCUGUGCCAACCGCAUUACAAUAACUCCUUCCAAGAGAACGCAAGAACUGCAAACAUCUCUAAAAAUACAAAACCCUACCCCGUUUCAAUAAUCCACUUUAGUGAUUCAUUGUCUGGACAUAUGCAAUGACUGAUUUCAAGGGUUUAAAUAAUUGUGUGGAUGUGUCUCAAACUAUUCUGUACUGAAAUUUGUUCCCGUGUAAGAUAAAACCCUCUCUAUCUUCAAUUAGAAUUAAAUACAGUCGCAUGGCGGCUCAUCAAAAAAAAAAGAAGAAGAAAUCCCCACCUGUUCAUCAUCCAUAUUUUAAUAUCUAUUUUUUCCCAACUCUUUUGAGCUUAAGACAUUGGUAUGUGUGUUGUAUAUUCACUGAGGUAGAAGUGUGUUUUGUUAUGUCUACUUGAAGGAAAACACUGGGACAAGUGGUAAACGAGGAAACCAAUUUAAUUAUAUGUAAACUAGAAGUGUCUAUGCUAAGAAGUACUUCACAUGAGAAUGGGCUUCAAUGGGUUACAGAGAUGGUCUUUAUUUUUGUAAAGUGGUUGAAUUGUUGAGACGCUUCUCCUCCUUCUCAAGCAGUCCUAGAGUCAAGGAGUGCACUUUUGUUAAGAAAAUGUUAUGCAAGGCACAAGUGAACAGAAAAAAGCGCAACAGAGUUGAAGUAUCUGGAUUAAGGGCCUUUUUUAAUUAUUUUUAAAUAGCCUUAAAAAAUAGGCUUAAAAAGAUAGUUCACCCAAAAAUUAAAAUUUUAUGAUUAUUUACUCACCUUAAUGUCACACAAUUAAAAUAUGCUGAAAUCAAAUAUGGCGGCUACAUCAAUAACAUCAAAACUCAUUGGUUUUCAUUGCAUCUCGUGACCAAAUGUCAUUAGGCCAUGUUUCAAGAACCGCAUUUAAUUUUAGCGGUUUAUUAAUGAUUUCAUUGUUAAUAACAGCUUAAAUAUCUUCUUUUUUUUCAUCACUCUGUGAUUAAAUGGUUUCAGAAGACUUGGA